AUGGAACCAAUGAACCAACCCCACGAAAGUCAAUGUGGUUACAGAGGAACUAACCUCACUGAAGUUCUAUGUGGUCCCAGAGGAACCAACCUACACGAAAGUCAAUGUGGUUACAGAGGAACCAACCUCACUGAAGUUCCACAUUUGGUCCCAGAGGAACCAACCUACACGAAAUUCCAAUGUGAGGAACCAACCUACACGAAUGUCAAUGUGGUUACAGAGGAACUAACCUCACUGAAGUUCUAUGUGGUCCCAGAGGAACCAACCUACACGAAAGUCAAUGUGGUUACAGAGGAACUAACCUCACUGAAGUUCUAUGUGGUCCCAGAAAACCAACCUACACGAAAAGGAACCAACCUCCCCAGUUACAAUGUCACUGAAGUUCUAUGUGGUCCCCAGAGGAACCAACCUACACGAAAGAUGUGGGAACUAACCUCACUGAAGUUCUAUGUGGUCCCAGAGGAACCAACCUACACGAAAGUCAAUGUGGUUACAGAGGAACUAACCUCACGAGAAAUCAGAAGUUCUAUGUGGUCCCAGAGGAAACCAACCUACACGAAAGUCAAUGUGGUUACAGAGAAACUAACCUCACUGAAGUUCUGUAAUGGUCCCAGGAGGAACCAACCUACACGAAAUCAAUGUGGUUACAGAGGAACUAACCUCACUGAAGUUCUAUGUGGUCCCAGAGGAACCAACCUACACGAAAGUCAAUGUGGUUACAGAGGAACUAACCUCACUGAAGUUCUAUGUGGUCCCAGAGGAACCAACCUACACGAAAGUCAAUGUGGUUACAGAGGAACUAACCUCACUGAAGUUCUAUGUGGUCCCAAUGAACCAACCUCCCCAGGAAAGGAACUAACCUCACUGAAGUUCUAUGUGGUCCCCAGAGGAACCAACCUACACGAAAGUCAAUGUGGUUACAGAGGAACUAACCUCACUGAAAUUCUAUGUGGUCCCAGAGGAACCAACCUACACGAAAGUCAAUGUGGUUACAGAGGAACUAACCUCACAAAAAUUCUAUGUGGUCCCAGAGGAACCAACCUACACGAAAGUCAAUGUGGUUACAGAACUAACUCACUAAAGUUCUAUGUGGUCCCAGAGGAACCAACCUCCACGAAAGUCAAUGGUUACAGAGGAACUAACCUCACUGAAGUUCUAUGUGGUCCCAGAGGAACCAACCUACACGAAAGUCAAUGUGGUUACAGAGGAACUAACCUCACUGAAGUUCUAUGUGGUCCCAGAGGAACCAACCUCCCCGAAAGUCAAUGUGGUUACAGAGGAACUAACCUCACUGAAGUUCUAUGUGGUCCCAGAGGAACAACCUACACGAAAGUCAAUGUGGUUACAGAGGAACUAACCUCACUGAAGUUCUAUGUGGUCCCAGAGGAACCAACUCCCACGAAUUUCUAUGUGGUCCCAGAGGAACCAACCUACACGAAAGUCAAUGUGGUUACAGAGGAACUAGCCUCACUGAAGGGUUCUAUGUUACAGGAAACUAACCUGGAAGGUUCUAUGUUCCCAGAGGAACUAACCUCACUGAAGUUCUAUAACCCAGGAGGAACCAACCUACACAAUGUCAAUGUGGUUACAGAGGAACUAACCUCACUGAAGUUCUAUGUGGUCCCAGAGGAACCAACCUACACGAAAGUCAAUGUGGUUACAGAGGAACUAACCUCACUGAAGUUCUAUGUGUUCUAUGUGGUCCCAGAGGAACCAACCUCCCCGAAUGUCAAUGUGCUUACAGAGGAACUAACCUCACUGAAGUUCUAUGUGGUCCCAGAUGAACCAACCUACACGAAAGUCAAUGUGGUUACAGAGGAACUAACCUCACUGAAAUUCUAUGUGGUCCCAGAGGAACCAGCCUACACGAAUGUCAAUGUGGUUACAGAGGAACUAACCUCACUGAAGUUCUUUGUGGUCCCCAGAGGAACCAACCUCCCCGAAUGUCAAGGAACCAACCUACACGAAAAUCAAUGUGGAUUUACAGAGGAACUAACCUCACUGAAGUUCUAUGUGUCCCAGAUGAACCAACCUCCCGAAAGUCAGUUCUAUGUGGUUACAGAGGAACUAACCUCACUGAAGUUCUUAAGGGUCCAAGAGGAACCAACCUACGAACGAAUGUCAGAGGAACCAACCUCACUGAAGUUACAUUCCCCGAAGACUAACCUCACUGAAAUUCAAGAGGAACCAAUUUUCCCCACUGAAGUUCUAUGUAUCCCAGAGGAACCAACCUCCGAAAGAAUAGGAACCAACCCACACGAAUGUCAAUGUGGUUACAGAGGAACUAACCUCACUGAAGUUCUAUGUGGUCCCCAGAGGAACCAACCUCAGAGGAACCAACCUCCCCGAAUGUCAAUGUGCUUACAAUGUGGUUACAGGGAACUAACCUCACUGAAGUUCUAUGUGGUCCCAGAGGAACCAACCUACACCGAAUGUCAAUGUGGUUACAGAGGAACUAACCUCACUGAAGUUCUAUGUGGUCCCAGAGGAACCAACCUCCCCGAAUGUCAAUGUGGUUACAGAGAACUAACCUCACUGAAGUUCUAUGUGGUCCCAGAGGAACCAACCCUCCCCGAAAGUCAAUGUGGUUACAGAGGAACUAACCUCACUGAAAUUCUAUGGUCCCCAGAGGAACCAACCUACCCGAAUGUCAAUGUGGUUACAGAGGAACUAACCUUUCACUAG